ACCCGUCCGACGUGCCAGUGACUACAACAGGCCCAGUAAACGAUGCGAGUAGAAGUCUUGCAUAAACACCCAGCCGUUUAUCAGUAUUAAUCACUUUCGCGUCAGGAUGAUUAUAGAAAAUGUUGACGCUUUGAAAUCCUGGCUGGCUAAACUUCUUGAGCCCAUAUGUGAUGCUGACCCAUCUGCACUGGCAAACUAUGUUGUGGCUUUAGUAAAGAAGGACAAACCAGAGAAAGAACUGAGAGCAUUGUGCGCAGAUCAGUUGGAUGUUUUCCUCCAGAAAGAGACUACGGGGUUUGUGGAUAAACUCUUUGAAUGUCUGACCACCAAACAUUUUUUGGGAAAUACACCUGAUAAAGAGGAGACCAAAACCCCUUUAUUGCAGAAGAUCGAGGAGAAGGAAGAGGCUAGUCUUGUUGAAGAUGAUCGAGAUAACAGAAGAAGAAGAAGCCCAUUAAGGAAUCGUUCAGACUUCAAUGAAUCAAGGGCUAGAGAUGACCGCAGGAGAGACGAUCGUAAGUGGCGGGAAUUGGACCGUCAUGCGAAGAGUGGAGAAUUGUAUCGGGAGCGACAUGAGCGGCGGUGCGGGAGUUUACGGGGGAGGAGCUACAGUCGCAGCAGGAGUCGCAGCGGCAGCCGUGGAAAGAGUCGAGAGAGAGAGCACAAUCUGAGGAGAGAGCACAGAACCAAAUUCGAGCAGGAGCGGAAGGACGGGGAGCCUUACAACCCUUCCUCUGCCCACAUUGGUAACCAACACCACCAGCCGUCUCAUCCACCCCCGCUGCUCCCUCUGCCCUUACCCCAGCACCAGUUCCCUUCCUCUGGGAGCCCCGCUGUCCCCAAUGCCGUAACCGUGGUAGCACCGGCUCACCUGCCCGACAGCACCUCAGAGAGCUGGUCAACAUACUUCAGCAACCGCACAGACGGCAAGACAUUCAACAAGAAGAGUGUACCCAAACAUCGCUGCAGAGACUACGACGAGAAAGGAUUUUGUAUUCGAGGUGACCUGUGUCCCUUCGACCAUGGUAAUGACCCUCUGAUCGUGGAUGACGUCACCCUUCCUACUAUGAUUCCAUUUCCACCCCCACCCAGCUUGCCACGGAUGCCAAUGCCGCCCAUGCCGCCCAUGACUGAACCUCCUCCGCGCAUGCGCAUGCCCCCGCCCCCUCACGGGCAGCCUCCGCCUCCGGGCAUCUACCCCAUGCCAGGACCUCCUCUAAUCCCAGCCACUGGGAUAAACACUCCUCACUCCAGAAACAGCACCUCCUCUCCUUUGGCCCUGCCUGGUGCGGGACCCCCCCCUCCUCCUCCUCCACCACAUCCUUCCUCUUCUGCCACUCUUCACCCUCAGUACACUCUCUCUGAAUACAGCUAUGACCCUGAGGCAUAUAACCCAGAAUCUCCAGGGCUAACCGGGCCAGGCAGAGCUCAGUACCGCCAUUUUAUCCCACGCAUCCAGACGCAGAGAUCCAACCUCAUCGGCCUCACCUCUGGUGAUGGACAGACCUCCCGAGCAGCUAAUAUCGUGAUCCAGACAGAGCCGGCCAUCACGAGUGUGCUGAGCAGUGAGGCGAGAUACAACGCUGAGCAGGAGAACAGAAAGAGAAGUCUGCCGAUUACAGAUGCCGGACCACAGGCCAAAAAACCCUGGAUGGACAAGCAAAACUUCAAUAACCAGCAUAAACCCAUCUUCCCGAAGAAGAACUAUUAUGUAAACACCAAACUAGAGGUCCGAAAAAUCCCCAGGGAGCUCAACAACAUCACCAAACUCAACGAGCACUUCAGCAAGUUUGGAACAAUUGUAAACAUUCAGGUGGUGUUUGGGGGUGACCCAGAGGCAGCAUUGAUCCAGUAUACAGCCAAUGAGGAGGCACGGAGGGCAAUCUCCAGUACUGAAGCCGUUCUGAACAACCGCUUCAUCAGAGUGUACUGGCACAGAGAGGCCACAACUAACACACGGGAGCAGGGACCCAGUCAGACCACAAACCCUGGCCAACAACACCCUACUACACACAAGGUUAUUAAUAAGCAGCAGCACAAUGCAGGAUCUUACGUGCUAAACAAUACCUUUACCAAACACCAGACUACUACAGGAAAUUUGGCCAGUGCUGAACCUGCCAGCCCCAGCCAAGAGCCCUCCGUGGGCUUGAUGCCACCUUCAAAUCUUCAGAAGGGUCCUUUCUCACGCACGGUGUUGAAAACCACAUCAAAGUCAUUGGGUAAAACUGCCAAAGUGCUGGAAGCCCAGGAGGUGCUGAAAAAGAAGCAUGAUGCAUUGAAACUGCAGCAGGACAUGAGGAAAAAGAAACAAGAAAUGCUGGAAAAACAGAUCGAAUGCCAGAAGGCACUGAUAAACCGACUGGAGAAGAACAGAGGGAUGAAACCAGAAGAGAGAGCAAACAUCAUGAAGACUUUGAAAGAAUUGACAGAAAGGAUCUCUCAACUGAAGAAUGAGAUGAGCCCCGCUUCACCAGCUCCUGUCAACACAACACAAACAAAAUGCAAAACAGAUGUAAGCAGGGCACAGAAAGAGUUGCUGGAUGCAGAGUUGGACUUUCACAAGAAGCUCACGUCAGGAGAGGAUCCCACAGACCUGAAAAGGAGGCUGGGUCAGCUGCAGAUGGAGGCAACACGGCUGGGACUCAUAUCAGCUGGGCGUGGCAAGCCGCCUACAGCCCCAACCCGAGGCAGAGGGCGUGGCCGAGGGCGUAGUCUCAGAGGGCGUGGAGGAGCCAAUCACAUGGUGGUGGACCACCGGACACGAUCCCUCACCAUUAUUGGCUUUACACAAGAAGAGAAGGAAGAGCUCAUGCCACAUUUCAUGAAAUUUGGCGAGAUUGACGAGCUUCGUGACCACGAUGCAACCAGUGUCGUGAUGACCUUCAAAACCCGCAGUGAAGCUGAGAAUGCUGCAAACCAAGGAGCGAAGUUCAAAGGUCGAACUCUACAGAUCUCAUGGUACAAUCCUAAAACUCCAUCCGUAUCCACUGAACGAGUAGAGGAGUCAAAAGAUGAGGUCAACGCUGCAGGAUUACAUGAGCCAGUCAGCCCCUUCCUGCUUCCAGAGGAAGAGGAAGAAGAUGAUGACGAAGAGGAUGAAUAUGAGAGUCGCUCGUGGAGGCGAUGAGGAAGGGGAAAUAACGUUCUGUUCUUUUAAGAAGGGACUAUCAUUUUUAGUUUUUGAAAAGCCUCAUUUUAGUACGUUUCAUUGAAUAAGACGAAUAGGCCUUUGUUUUUCGAGACUGUUUUCAGUAUUUCAAAGGCUUACGGUCUGAGCAACAGCAUUGUCCUUUUAAGGAAAAUAUGAGAAUGUGAGACAUAUGUGGACACUUGCAGUGUUUCUGUCACUCUGAAAUCUCUGCAUGUGUGUAUGUAUAUGUGUGUGUAUGUAUAUGUGUGUAUAUAUAGCAUACAUACAUACAUACAUACAUAUAUGCACCAAACUCUCACUUUUGCUGAGAUCGAAAUCAAAAUGUUUCAACUAGGAAACAUUUUGUUUCACUGUGCAUGACCAGAUAUCAGUAACUCACAACAUUUGUGACUACUGUGAAUUAUUUUUUUUUUUAAAUACCUUACGUUUUUUCCUCACCCAGUGUGUUAGAUGUCCAACAUAUGGUUUAAUGUGAAAAUCCAUCUGCACUUUGUGCCACUUUGGCUCUCAAUGGACACGCAUGUUUGACAUCGUUUCCAUUUAAAGGCAUCUCUUUCCCUCAUUAAGAAAUGAUAUGCCCUCUUGAUGUCAAACACUUUUUGUAUCUGCCCUCUAAAGUUUAGCCAAUCCCCGAGUGGAUUAUUAUUUUUCUUCUGACCAAGAUUAAUGUGCCACUGUCUGUAAAUAUGAACUCUAGAGAAUAUAAAUGUGGCACGCUUCACUUUGGUCAGUGUGUCGGACUGCUCAUAUUUAUUUCUCACAUUUAGAGGAUGUUCCAAAACCAAAAAGAUUUGGAUGAGGGAUGAGAAAAUGAUCUUAUAGUUAAUUUAGGUGAAAUAAGAACGGAGGUGUUUUGAAUGUAUUCCAAAUUGAUUUACACUCAUUUACGCCUUACAUUGUCGGUGUACAGCUGACCUUUUAAGAGAUUCGUGACUUUUUUUUUUUGUGUGUGUGUGUAAAUUUUGUAAAUGGUUGCAGUAGAAACGACUGUUCAAUUUAUUAUUUUAGCCAUUAGAAUGAUUGAAUCCAUUGUUACAUGAGGCUUAUCUGAGUGACUAUGACUAAAACCCAACGUCAUGUUUUUUGUUUUCUUGCAAGGUAACAUAAUUACACCAUGUCCUGAAGAAUUAUACUUCUGUUUAUAUUUUGAUUCCUUACUGUAAUGUUUUAUUGCAUCAUCUAUUUGUGGCCACUCCAAACACCUGAUCCUGCAGAAAUGGAUCGAAAAUGUAUCCGUUUCUAUAACAUAUAUUACCUAUGGCAUGCUGGCGCCUGAAUGACUGUCACUCGAGGAAAGAAGAAAAAAUAUAUAUAUUAUGUAUGUUAGCAUAUAUGUUCUUUAAUUCUCAUAUUUGUAUACUUUGCUAAAAAUGAUUAAAAUAUAAGUUUAUAGUUCCUUUAAUGAAGGACCAGUGUAACAUUUAGAAACCUUCCCAUAUGUAAUGUCGAUUUGACAUUUAAUAGCAUGUUACUAUGCUGUUUGAUUCCAAACAUUCAGUGAUAUACACCCCACUCUUCCCAAAGGAUUGUACAUAAUGGGUUCUUCAGACUCUUCCAAGAUAAUUCAAUUACUGUUUCUCAACUCAUUAGAUCUGGCAGGUCUUAAUGUUGGUUAUGUACAUGAAAGAGUCUCGUAGAAAGACUCAGAACUGUGUGUGUGUGUGUGUGUGUGUAUUUGAAGAAUGGAUUUCAUUCAUUUGUACAAUCCUUUUACAACGCAUUAGUAUAAUGUCAUACGUUUAGCAUAAAUAGAUUUUGACUUUGUUACUGUUUAUAAAUUAAAAAAAUUUAUGGAUGUAUUUUUUUUAGUUCUCUGUAAAAUGGAUUUCUAACAGUCGCAUGUUUGCUAAUCAAUAAAGAUAAAGGAAUGGGGAUGAGCAAGAGGAAUAAUGAGAAAAAAAGAUUAAAGCUCAAUUGGCCUGAAGUAAAGAAAAACUUCAGAAAAGAAAAUCUCAGCUGAGAGAAAUUUCCAUGAUCCAUUCCAAGAAUUAUU